AUGGGCUUUAUGAAACGUUUUUUCUCGCUCGGCAAGCGCACCAAGAAGAGGCGCCCCGAGCUCGAGGUUGACGAGCUGGACCCGCCUGUGUCUGUGGAGUACCUUGAUGCCGAAGCGACCAUGACAAGGCUGCUGAGGUCAUCUUCCGCAAGGCAAAGCAUGGGUGGAACCGUUUACCCCAUCCUCGAGCCCGGACAUCUACUGGGUGCCGAGCUGCAUCAGCCCGGGGACCCGUCUGAUGUUCCUGCCCGUAGGCGAUCCGCAUCCGUAGCCAACCCAACGGCCCAUCAGGUCUUGGAUUUCAACUGGUUGGACCCGUAUGAGGCCCAGUUUGCGAUGCCAGCUCGGACGUCCACCUCGCCGCUCCAGCGAACAUACACCGUAACGAUCCAUUCUAGAACGCGUACAGAAAUCCCCAUUCCAUCCCCAUCCUCUUCGGGCGCGUCGAAGGACGACACGAAAGAUAAUGACGUCGCCAACACCUCUCAUGCAAGCACAUCCACUAACACCCACUCCAGCAUUGGAGAAGGACGCAAGGCCCGUCCGCGAUCGCGCUCUCUACCCCUCAAUGUCUUAGCGCUUCGCACACCGCGUCGUGAGCGCGAAAGCCGCCUGCUACAUCUUGCCGAGGACCCCUCAGUGGCCAAUCUCCUUAUGAGCAAUAUCUAUGACAGUGGCGGUCGCGUCAAAUCCCUUGCCUUUGCUAAUACAUCCAACACCUCCGAACACGGACGGCAUAACGGAUCACUUGCUUCAGCCGAACCUGAUGAAAUCAAUGAAGAGGGCCGUCUCCAGACGCGCCGGACCGGCUCUACGCUGAAAGAGCUCUUGGGCGUGACGGAGUCGCAGCCUCGUACAGGCCAUGAGUCCCGCUACAGUACGCAGGAAGGCGACCUCUCCUGGGCCGAGCGCGUCAUAGGGGAAGAGCUUGACUUCGACGAUCAAGGGACCGAUGCCUGCGAUAUACCGGCGGACUUACAGAGCCGGAUAGCCGAUAAUGCUGAAUGCAGCGAUAAGACCGACGUCAGCUGCAAUGCUCCGCCCAACGUGUCCGACACGAUGUCAAGUUUAGGCAUCGAGAGGUCUACCAAGUUAUUCGCUCGCGAUGAUUCCGACAACUUCUUCCUCCCUGUCGCUGCUGACUGCGACGGCGAUGCUCUUUCCAGUCUCAUGCACGAGCCUGCGCCUGCAGAACUGGCCUACGACAUGGAGCCGCAGAAGGCGCACUCGGAAGACAGCUGUGCUUAUGGCGGGGUUUCCAUAUCUUCUAUUAGCGUGGAAACUGGGGAUAUCAAGGAAACGAAUGUACCUGAGCUGCCACAUUCGGACGCGCCAAUGGCUUCAUCUGCGCAGCAACGCAGUCCGAUUCAGCAAGCUCCUACGCAAGAACCCUCUACGCCUCCGGCUGCGGAGGUCUUUGCGUUCCUCACCCAGAGACGCAGAUCGAAGACAGUGACUGUCCUGAGUCCGUCACCUUCAACCCAACAUCGCAACGUCGCCGACAUGCCCUCCGAGCAUGCACCUCUUGUCGCCGUCCCGACCGGGGGAUCCACGAGCUCGGCGAACUCAGACACCUAUCGUCCCUCUAACAGGACCUCCAUCGACGGUACCCGGCCUGUCGUCCACCACCUGCGUCCCUCUCUCGUAGGCGCCUUGCCACCUCCACCAUCCUAUCCCGAACCGCGCGUCAAACGGAAGCGGAGCCGGAGCACAUCCGCCGUGGAUGAUCGAACGCACACGAGGAAAGUGACGGUGACGCGUGCCUCUAAGGUCACAAUGUCACCAGCCCAUAUGCAAUAUGUCGAGGUUCCGGCCGGGACUGGGACCCUCUUUACCCCCCGGGAGGCUACCGAUGGAGGUUCCCCCCUACCAUCCAGGCCCCUAUCACCCUCGUCUACACGCAGCAGGAGUCGCAUUCCGCGCAAGUCGGCCGCAAACUCUCCUCCCGUCCCACCGCUGCCAACGGAGAUAACGCUCGUGCACCCUACGCCCGAAUCGUCGGCACAGUUGGAGAUGCCUGACAGGUCUCUAUGGAAGAGAGACGCUUUCCUCGAUACGAAUCUAUUCCUUGAUACCUCGUCGUCAAACCUUCCCCUGCCCGAAGACCCCUUUACGCAGAAACCCGUCAAACACUCACAUAAGCGCGCUGCCUCGACCGCGACGGGGUACUCUCCCGCGGCCAAGCGCCGCGCUGGCAAGACGAAGGAGAGGCGUAUUGGGGGUAAAGCCUCGGAGCCUCCCGAGUCAAAGUCUGGCAAGAUCAAACGCCAGGCCAGUGGCGAUAAGGAGAACGAUGGGUCGUCAGCAUUCGUUGUUCCCCCCACCGGCGUGCCCAUGACACCCGUUCGCCAGAAGGUGAAGGUGCUCGCCCACGGCAUCGAGCCGCCCUCUCCCGCCAGCUCGACGGAGCUUUCGCCCAUCGCGAAGACGAUGAUGGCGAACGUUCGCGAGCAACGCAUGCGGAUGCGUGCCCGAGAACAUGAACGCGAGAAAGCGAGAGGACGUCGGUUCGCAAGUCGAACGGGUUCUCGAGGUUGAUCGCACGUUUUGAUAUGCUGAUUAUGCUCCCCCGGGUCGUGCAGUGGACACACUCAUAUUUAUUCUCUAUUACGCCCUCUGUCCAUGUUUUCGUCGCUUUCGUUGCACAUACCAAUACCCC